CAGUGGGUGGCGGUAAUGCACAUCUCAGCGUUGCUCGCCAACCGCCAUGAAAACCGAAGAAGAAAACCGUUCUCUGUUGUCAUGGCGGUCCCACAGUUUCUCUCCAAGGCGGAGUUGCUCACACAAGGAGCGGAAGCUCGCGUGUAUCGGGCAGAGUUCUUGGGAAAGCCGACAAUAAUCAAAGAAAGGUUCCCGAAACUCUACCGACACCCGGAGCUGGACGACAAGCUGAACUCCCGCAGGACAGCCCACGAGGUCCGGUCCAUCCUGCGCUGCAGGAAAGCAGGUAUUCCUGUUCCGGCCGUUUACUUCGUGGACUACAAGCACCACUGCAUCUUCUUGGAGGACAUCGUUGGCUCCUCUACUCUGCGUGACCACAUCAACUCCGCUCAGCGCAACUCCUGCGCGGACCGCGGCCUGCACCAGCUGGCGGAGAGAGUCGGUCAGGUCUUGGCCAAAAUGCACGACGAGAACGUCGUCCACGGCGACCUGACCACCUCCAACAUGCUGCUGUGGCGCGGGACGGCGGCCGCGGAACCGCAGGUCGUCUUCAUCGACUUCGGCCUGAGUUACAUCUCGGCUUUGGCCGAGGACAAGGGCGUGGAUCUGUUUGUCCUGGAGAGGGCUUUCCUCAGUACUCACCCCAACACAGACGUGUUGUUCGAGAAGCUGCUAAAGAGCUACGCCGCCACUUCCAAGAUGUCAGCGGCAGUCAUCAAAAAGCUUGACGAGGUGCGGCUGAGAGGGAGGAAGAGGUCCAUGGUGGGGUGAUCAUGACGUGGACGGACGAACACUUAGUGUGAGUUUCAGAUGACUAGGUGAAGUUAUUAAUCUGUAUGUUGUGCUAUGAAUGAAAUAAACUGACUUGGUAAUAAAAUGUUGA